AUGCCGGGCUACUUUGACAACGCCCUUCCAACCGAGCAAUCGCUGGAUCUCGGCUUCUCCGUUGUUUCGCAAAAGGUUGAUCUCACCGUCGACUUUGCAAGGCGGGCCAUCUCUGGCUCUACUGAAAUCACCGUUCAACCCGAAGUCAAGGAUCUUAAGACCAUCCGCUUGAACUGUCGCCAGGCCCGUAUCCUCAGCGCAAACAUCGAGGGCUCCAAAGCAGAAGUUGCCUACUCGGACCCUUACCAGAAGAUCAAGCUUUCAGGGAGGACGACUGCCCACCAGCAUGAAUAUCUCCGCAACAGGAUCGAGGGUGCUAUCAAGCAGUCGCCGGACCCUGAACUGGCCUUGGAAAUUCCAUUACGCGUCAAAAUUAAGGAGCUGAACACCGAAUCCUCUUCGACUCUGCCCAGGGACAGCCUGAAACGGCAAGAAAGCGAUUAUGCCGGUCAAGCCGAGACUCCAACUGGAUCACAUGCCCAAGAAUCAGCACUGAGAUAUGCUCCUUUGAAGAUCACCAUUGAUUUCGAGGUUACAAGUUUCCGGGACGGGCUACACUUCGUUGGAUUCUCGGACCAAGACUCACGCUAUCCACAUCUCUACACCAGAAAUACCCUAGGACCGGGUGCUAUCUGCUCCGUCUUCCCCUGCGUUGACGAUGCCACAACCCGCUGCAUGUGGGAGAUCUCAAUACGAUGCCACAAAACGCUAGGCGAUGCCUUCAGAAAAACGCCGCAAGGGAGUUCUGCUGAGGCGGACGUGGACAUGACCGGGACCGACCAGAAGGACAAGAAGCCGCGGGACGAAUACUUGAUCAAUCUCAGUGAGGAAGAAAAAUCUCUGGAUCUGAGCAUCGUGUGCUCAGGGGAAACGACCGACGAUAUUCUUGACCCACAGGAUCCUACUUGGCGGACCGUCUCCUUUGCCUGUUUUGCUCCUGUUACCGCUCGCCAUAUCGGCUUUGCCAUAGGUCCUUUCGAGCACGUUGACCUUACUGAUUUUCGAGAAGUCGAUGAGGACGACAAGCUUGGCCAAAACGCCAUCAAAGUGGACGGCUUCUGCUUACCAGGCAGAGCAGAAGAGCUACGAAACACAUGUAUGCCAAUGGCCAAGGCGAUCGACUAUUUCACCGUUAACUACGGAUCUUUCCCCUUCUCCAGCUACAAGCUCAUCUUUGUCGAUGACUUGGUUCAAGACGUGACACACACCGCUUCUCUGUCAAUAUGCAGCACGCGACUACUUUUCCCAGAAGACAUCAUUGAGCCUUUGGAUGCAAACACCCGCGUACUCGUCCAUGCUCUUGCAACUCAAUGGGUUGGCGUGAACGUCAUCCCUAAGGAAGCUCGGGACAUGUGGGCCAUCACCGGUAUCUCUGGAUUUAUGCGAGACACGUUUAUGAGGAAGCUCGCUGGCAACAACGAAUAUCGCUAUCAACAAAAACUCGCCUCUGAACAAGUGUUCGAGCAAGAUGUCGAACGAUACAGUAUUCAUCAACUCGGCGCUCAGCUUGACAUCGAUCCUUCAGAAUAUGAUUUCAUGGCCCUCAAAUCGGCAGUCGUGCUCUUCAUUCUGGAUCGUCGACUCACAAAAGCAAGUGGAGCUGCUGGUGUUGCACGAAUCAUUACCAGGUUGUUGUUAAACGCAAAAACCGGCGAUCUUCAGAAUGGCGAACUCUCUACAGACUGGUUCCACCGCCUGUGUGAGAAGCUAGGUCACACAAAGCUUGAUGCAUUCUUCAGGCAGUGGGUUUAUGGCGCCGGCUGUCCUCUGUUCAAGGUGAACCAGCGGUUCAACAAGAAGAAGUUGGUCGUGGAGAUGAAUAUCUACCAAACACAGCGCGAGCGAAAAAUCAAGCCCGAGCUCCAACCCUCGAAUUUCAUGAGAGAGGCAAAAGAGCAAGUCUCGGAAGUGUGGGCUCCUGAAGUGUCGGAUCCUUUCACAGGACCUAUGACCAUUCGUAUUCACGAAGCUGACGGCACACCAUACGAACAUAUUGUGGAGAUCAAGGAUACACACACCAAGAUCGAAAUCCCUUACAACACAAAGUACAAGCGUCUAAAACGCUCAAAGCGUGCGAAAGAGAGAGCAAUGGCGACCAACGGCAUGGAGCUUGGCGGAGAAGCUGAGAAUGAUGUGCUGCUCUAUUGUCUCGGUGAUGUUCUUCAAUCAGAAGAUGAAGUUAAAGAUUGGCGUUUGGUUGACUGGGGCAAAGAAGAGGAAGACCGAAUGGGCCAAGAAAGUUAUGAAUGGAUCCGUAUGGACGCCGACUUCGAGUGGAUUGGCAAGAUCGACUUGAUCAUGCCCAUCUACAUGUACGUCAGUCAGUUGCAACAAGACAGGGAUGUCGUUGCACAAUACGAGUCCCUUCAGCACGUCUUGAAACAGAACGCGCAUCCUUUGAUGUCUACCAUUCUCGUCAGAACAUUGAUGGACCGCCGCUACUUCCACGGCAUUCGCACGCUAGCAGCCGAAGGUCUCACGAAAUGUGCUACACCCAGCUUGAACUGGGUAGGUCAGUAUCAUCUCGAGAGAGCCUUCCAGGAGUUCUUCUGCUUUGCCGAUUCACCCAUGCCUCGCGCCAACGAUUUCUCCGAUCGCAUGAGCUAUCUGCUUCAGAAAGCCAUCCCAACCGCAUUAUCGCAUGUCAAAGACGAACGCGGCAAGGUACCAAUGAGUGUGAGGAGAUUCUUCGUUGACAAGCUAAAGUUCAACGAUAACUCCAAUAACGAGUUCUCUGAUUGCUACUACGUCGCUACGCUAAUGCGAUGUCUCGCUGAGUCUUUGGUCACUUCUGCAGCACUGCAGCAGACUUUCGCCGUUAAUCCUGACGAUGAAGAUGACUUGAUGCAAGAAAACCUUGAAGACGAAAAGUUCCAGAAAGAAGCCAUCAACGAACUUGAACGCUAUCGCCGCAUUGACGAGUGGAUCUCUUCUUAUCAAAACAUCUAUUCUGUCACAGCCCUUGAAUGCAUGCAACGACUUCUGGAGCAUGGCGUGGUGAAGAACAAGAAGAUAGAAAUUCUGCAAUACACACAAUCAGGCAACGCCGAUGAAGUGCGUUUAGCAGCGUGGGAUUCUCUUGUCCGACUGAAUCUUGCAAGGCGGCCGCAGAUUCUCAAAUAUCUGCUGUACUCUCUGUGCGAUGAUCCUUCGCCUUACUUCAGAGACCAGCUCCUUCGGGUAUUGGGCCGAGCUCUGGGAACGAUUGCUCUAAAGACACAGGAAGCUGAGAAGCCGGCACCGAAGCCUAUCGAGAUAGGAGGUCUCGUUCUCGAGCAAGAAGAGCCCUUGGCUGUUCAACCAGUACUGCAAGAUGCUCUUGGGAAGAGUCCGCCAGAACUUGCUCUGAUCGCACUCAAAGCCGCCCUAGUCGAUGAUGGAAUGUUCAAGGCAGCACUGUGGUAUGUCAUACAAGCACCGACGCUGGCCAUACCUGAAGUGGUCUCGUUCCUUGAUAUCGCGGCGCUGAUUUAUGACGCCUCGAACGGUCUUGUUGUACAUCUCCGUCUGCCUCGCUUCUACACUGCCAAAAAUCUUGGCAAGGGUAAAGUGCAAUUCAAGGAAACAGAGAAACAUCGUACUGUACCAGUCACAGGUCUCGGCAUGGACGAGUUCGACAUGGUGCAGCAGCACAAUCUCAAAUACACCGGGCCGCUCUCAAGAGCCGCCAAGGAUCACAUCAAGACACAGAAACAGGAGAAGCAGAAGUUGGAAAGUCAACUCGCUGCCGCACAAGAGUUACUCCAAAAGCAGUUGGAGGCGCAAAGUCACGCCCAACCUCCUGCAGCACCAAAGCCUUCGCAUGUGCCCACAACAGCCAUGUCUCCACCACCUCUACCUGUUUCAACUCCGGGUGGGUCUAUGAAACUCACUCUGAAGCGCAAGCAGAGUUCAACGGCCGAACCACGCGCGGGUAGUCCAAAGCGCCCCCAUCUUGUGCAGCCUGCUACAAAUGGUACAGCGGCAACAGCAAAGGUUGAAAAGAGCCCUAGCAUCAGUCUAGGAAAGAUACACGCGCAAACACCAUCGCGAGCAGUAUCUGGUGCUUCCGCGCCUGGCUCAGCUGCACCAUCCCGAAAGCCGACGGCAAGCGACAAGCCAGGCAAAGCCAAAAUUGUCCGUCUGAAGGUCACAAAGCAAAAGCGUUUGCAAAAGAUUCUUUCACAAUCACCUCAGCCCGGCUACAGACCGCAAAAACCAAAGCCCAUCAUCCCUGCCAAGAUCAAAACUUCAUCGUCCGCACGCGCCAGCCCUGCACCCUCAGCAGGCGGUGGCUCGCACGCUCGCAGCGGCAGCAAUGGCGAUUUUUUCGCCAGCCCUGAAGUCACCACUGCACUCAAUACUGGCGCCAGUGUCGGCGCAUUCAGAAGCUGGAAUGGCAUGAGCUCGAUCAAAAAGGAAACAGACUCGGCGCCGAUGAGUGCGGUCAGUCCUAUGACUAUGACAUAUCCAGGAAAGAGCAAUGGGGCUGCUACUGCUUCGGACACGAUCAAUGCGCGUCCGUCCGAAGGGGCCGAGGAGAAGAAACCGAAGUUCAAGCUCAAGUUUGGCAAGAAGCCAACUGCUUGA